AGACCUGAGGAGAGCCGGAUUUAAGGAGUGGUGCUGGGCAGAGGUGUCCUGCUGGUGACUGUCCGUACCACCACCACCGCCACCUUACCGCCGCCAUGCCCGUCAAAGGAGGCACCAAGUGCAUCAAGUACCUGCUCUUCGGCUUCAACUUCAUUUUCUGGCUCGCAGGGACAGCAGUUCUUGCCAUCGGACUAUGGCUGCGGUUUGAUUCGCAGACCAAAAGCAUCUUUGAACUGGAAUCCAACAACACAACCUUUUACACAGGAGUUUACAUCCUGAUUGGAGCUGGUGCACUUAUGAUGCUGGUUGGCUUCUUGGGAUGCUGUGGUGCAUUGCAGGAGUCUCAGUGCAUGCUUGGCUUGUUCUUCCUCUUCCUUUUUGUGAUUUUUGCCCUUGAAAUUGCUGCUGCAAUCUGGGGAUUUGCAAACAAAGACAAGGUUAUUGAAGAGCUGAAGGACUUCUACAAGGAAACCUACAACAAGAGAUCUCAACCAGCUGCCAAGGAGACCCUGAAAGCAUUUCAGUUGGCUCUGGACUGCUGUGGUCUUACAGGAUCUUUAGAGCAACUCCUAAUGGACACCUGUCCCAAGAAGACCUUGAUUGAGGCAGCUUCUGUGAUGUCAUGCCCUGCUGCCAUUGAUGAUGUCUUCAAUUCAAAACUGAAUGUGAUUGGAGCAGUUGGCCUUGGCAUUGCUGUCAUCAUGAUCUUCGGCAUGAUCUUCAGCAUGGUCCUGUGCUGCGCUAUCCGCAGGAGCAGAGAGAUGGUCUGAAGAGCUAAUAAAAACCCCCAAACACAUCCCACCCCUUCAAGACUGCUGCACUAUAAAAACCUUUCUCAUUAACUUUAGAGCUCUGAAAGCAUUUCUUAAGAGAGGAAAAAAACACAAAGAAAAGAAAAAGUUAUAUAUUUGUUACCUUUUUAAUGCUUUAUUUGGUACUGAUGUAGGUUUGCUGUUUAUGUUCCUAGGUAUAAAAGUGACCAAGGUAUAUCUGACUUCAGACAAAUACUGUAUAUAAAAUGCCUGACUUUCUUGGAACUUACUUAAUUUGGAUGUAAUUUAUGUUGGAGACAAUUUGAUACUUUAAUAAAGAGUAAGAUGUAUUGUA